AUGUCUGGAACAAGAUUCCAGCUGAAUUUCGUUGGGGACGUGAUGCUGGGCCGUUUGAUUGAUCAACUGCUCCCAGUACACGUGCAUUGUCAGGAAGACGCGAUACAUGCAAAGCACUUUGUGGCAGGCAUCCCAAGCCUUCUUGACUACAACUUCAAAAGCCCGUGGGGGAACACUGUCCCUGUUUUCCAUUCCGCAAACCUCAAUUUCAUCAACCUUGAAACGUCUGCGACUACACAUGCCGUGAAAUGGCCUCACAAGGUCUUCAAUUACCGCAUGCACCCGACAAAUAUUCAGUGCUUGAAGGAGGCACGAAUCAAUUACGCAUCCUUAGCCAACAAUCACACACUUGACUUCUCGGAAGAGGGUCUCCUUGAGACAGUUCGUACUGUCAGAAAUGCGGGCAUCAGUUUCGCUGGGGCAGGUGAAGACCGUGAAGAAGCCGUGCGACCGGCGAUUCUCAGUCUUCAAGACAACGACAAGGAAUAUUCCGUCCAUGUCUAUUCAGCAUCAGACCACCCUGGCGAGUGGGCGCGUGUGCCCAAUUUUCACUUCAUUGACUACCUUCCCGCCACUCGGCAUCGCCUCAAGACGCUACUGAUGUCACCGCAGGCCAAGCCCCCAGAUCUGAAAAUCUUUAGUGUCCACUGGGGACCAAAUUACUCCUGGUCCCCUUCCGAGGAGAUUCGUAGCCUAGCCCACUACCUUAUUGAUGAAUGCGGGGUCGAUAUCAUCCAUGGACAUUCGUCGCACCAUAUCCAAGGCGUGGAGGUGUACAAGCAAAAAUUGAUCAUCUACGGCUGUGGAGAUUUUGUUGACGACUACGCGAUAGACAAAACCUAUCGAAACGAUCUCUCUGCGGUCUGGAGGGUAGCAGUCGAGGAAAAGGAAGGAGGUCACGGCUUAAAAGUGAGGGAGCUCGAAGUGUUGCCUAGCCGGAUAAGUCACUUCCAGACGAACCUUCUGCAAGAUCACGACGUCGAUUAUGACUGGGUCAGAAAAACUCUCAGGAAGUUAUCGGAGCAGCUUGGUACCGAUAUUGAGGAGAAAAUUGGAAAAGAAAGCCGUAUGUCGGUGAAGCUGUGAUAGAAGUUUUGCGUGUUCCUGCUACUUACGCGAAUGUUCCAGAGAUCGGUCGAUUACGAAGCCAAGUGGAUAGUUGGUUGUGCCUGAGAAUGUGAUCUACUCGUUGCUGUGCUGACUUUGGCUUUUGGGAAAGGCCUGGACACUAAAAUAAACUCUUGAUA